GCCAGGCUGCCCCUUUAAGCGCCCCGACAGGUGUUGCUCAGCGGGUGAACCGGACGGAGCCUGCGGAUUGGCAACUCGAGGGGAGAUGGGGAUGAUGUCAUUGCACAUGGUCCGAUGUCAUUGGCGGAGAGGCGGGCCUGGCCAGCUGAUCAAGGUCCUUUGGGCAGAAGGAGGUGCAGCUCCCCCUCCUCUGCCGCUGCAAUAACCCCGUGCGCAAAACUGGGCGCUGUUCUUGGCGGCCCUGCCCCUACCGGCCCGCGGGGUGAGGGAAGGUAGGUGUCGAGCGCCCCUUGGGGGAGCGGAGCAAGCAGGGUUAUUGUGCGCAGAAGCGGUGAGAGGCCCAGGAAAAGGUGCGUCCGGCCCGGCCUUCUCUGAGUGUUGAUCCGGGCAUGCCUCAAUAACCAGGGAGCUUUGCCCUGCCGGAAUCCACGCCCGCUCCAUAGAUGCGGCCCGGUCCUGCGCGUGUUUAUUUGCAAGUCAACCCUGCCGAGUUCAGUGUGAUUUUUUCCCUGUCUGGUCCCUGGUGUGAAGAUGGCUUUGCCCUGGAAGAAAAUCCCACUUGCCCUGCUCUCAUUUAUCUUGCCGUUCCUUUGGGUCCCAAGCCUGACUGCUUCCCAGCAAGAGCCCUGCCAGACCUGCCGGGACCUCGCCAGCAACUUCAAUAAGGGUCUGGAGCGGACACAGCGAGAGAACUUCGGGGGCGGGAACACAGCCUGGGAAGAAGAGAAGCUUGCAAAAUAUGCAAACAGUGAGACACGCCUGCUGGAAGUGUUGGAGGCGGUGUGCUCCACGUCUGACUUUGCGUGCCACCAGCUGCUGGAACAGAGUGAAGAACAUGUGGAGCGUUGGUGGUUCCAUGAGCAGCAACAGCACCCUGAUUUUUUCCAAUGGCUCUGUAUGGAUGCACUGAAACUAUGCUGCUCUCCUGGCACCUACGGCCCUGACUGCCACACCUGCCCAGGAGGUGCCCAGAAGCCUUGCAGUGGGUAUGGGCAGUGUGACGGUGACGGCACACGUGGGGGCACUGGUCUGUGCAUGUGCCAGACGGGUUAUGGUGGCCCCUUCUGUUCUGAAUGUGGAGAUGGCUACUACGAAGCAUCUCGCAACGACAGCCACCUGGUAUGUGCGGAGUGCUACCGGGCCUGUGGACGCUGUUCAGGCCCUGAAGAUUCAAGCUGUCUACGCUGCAAGAGGGGCUGGAUGCUGCAUGACCGAAGAUGCAUUGACAUAGAUGAAUGUGGCACAGACAUGGCCCACUGCCGUGCCAACCAGUUUUGUGUCAACACAGAAGGUUCCUACGAGUGCCGAGAUUGUGCCAAGGCCUGCAUUGGCUGCAUGGGCGCUGGACCUUCCCGCUGCAAGAAAUGCAACAAAGGUUAUCGGCGUGAUGGUGUCAAGUGCCUCGACGUGGAUGAAUGUGCUGGUGAAAUGGAGGAAGCCGUGUGCACGGGUGUCAAUGAGGCCUGUGAGAAUACAGAUGGCAGCUAUCGAUGCAUCUGUGUAGAGGGAUAUGUACGCAAAGAGGGAAUCUGUGUGGAAGACAAGCCCCCAGAUGCUCCUGAGAAAGGAUUUUUUGAUGACAUCACAGAUGAUGAGGUGGUUGUGCUGCAGCAGAUGUUCUUCGGGGCCAUAAUCUGUGCGCUGGCCACAUUAGCUGCCAAAGGAGACAUGGUCUUCACUGCCAUUUUCAUUGGCGCUGUGGCUGCUAUGGCUGGCUAUUGGCUGUCAGAGCGCAGCGAUCGUGUGCUUGAUGGCUUUAUCAAAGGCAGAUAGUGCAUGGCAAAGUGAACGUUCCCUUCUGCUUCCUGCCUCAGUGAGCCAGCUGGUGGACAGGAACUCCUUGACCCCACCCCCUACCCCAGCAGGUCUAAUAUCCAAAGCAAAGAGGUGGAAAGGCCAGUCUGUAUCCUAAUCUGGGCUGAUGGAAGCCUCAACCUAGCAUGCUGUGAAGGUAGAAAUGGGACAAGAGACAUGGCACUGCUCUGCAGCCCUAGUUUGGCUGAUAGGAGGGCUCUUGACAGGAUUUCAGAUGGAGGGGAUACCCCUUAAGGAUGUAUGAGGUCCUGCCUGGGUCACCAUCAGUGGGCCUGUAGAUCAGGUCCCCAUUACCCUCUGAUUGGCCCAGCCUUCUGCGCUCAUGGGGUGAUCUCAAAUAUGUUCUUUACCAACCCAUAAGCUUCUGUCUCCCCCACGUUGGUCAAUUAGGAUGGACCAGGAAAAGGUUAGAUCACUGCAGAAGGAAACAUGGGAUGGGGUGGACUUGGAAUUGCUUCCUGCUGGCUUUUUGAGGGGCUGUCUCCUUGGCUGGGAGCCACUCUGUACAUUAUGCUGAAAGAAAAGGCAAAAACUGAGGCAAGGCCAUUCUGGACUGUACCAUAUUGAAUGCUUCCCCCACCUAAAGAUCUUCCUGCAUUCAAUAAACUAGUACCAUCGGUGAGGAUGGUUUAGGGCACUGAUAGGGAACCUGUGGCUCUCCCAUUACUGCUGGAGUGUAACUCCCAUUUUGCUGGCUAGAGCUGGUGGGAGUCCCACAACAUUUAGAGGACUACAGGUUCCCUAUCUCUAAGAAUAUAAGGAGAGCCUGCUGGAUAAGGCCAAUGACUCAUCUAGUCCAGCAUCCUGUUCUCACGUGGCCAACCAGAUGCCUAUGGGAAGCCCGCUAGCAAGAUCUGAACACGAGCACUUACUCCUCCUGCGGUUUCCAGCAAUUAAUAUUCAGAAGCAUUCUGCCUCCAAAAUCUCUUGUUUAGGGCAUAAUCUUCCUGAUAUGCUAGCUUACUACACACAGAGACCUUUUUAUGGUGAUGGGGGGGGGUAAGUGUAUUCAAAGAUAAUAUCCCACCUACCCGCACUCACCCCUGCAGUCUGAAGUGGUACAAGUCCAGAAUUCUAUCUCUGCUGCCUCAUUCUAUGUAAUGUGCAGAACAGCUCUGAUGCUGCCAGUGGCAGCUCAAGAUGCAAAGGAAAACCUGAGUGGCAUGCAUGCCCAUCCUUGCCCCUUUGCAUCUGUGCACUUACAGCAUUGCUUGUCCAUCCAUAUCUCAGGAAAAUUAAAGGUCUCUCUGUCCACAUCUCACAUGGUUCUGGCUACUUCUCUCGUGUGCUAAUUGCAUCUGUCCCACUGAGGUGCGUGGGGGAGGCUGCUUGAAUUGGGUUCACAGCUGAGGACAAGGCCCACUAUCUCAUCCACUCUUAGAUUUAAGGCACGUUCUAAAAAUGAAGCAUUGCAAACUUUUGCCAGUUACUUUACACACACAGCAAACACACGUAUCUCCACACACAUGUGGCUCUUGGAAUAUGCUCUUCCUUCACUUCCCUCAUUGCCGUGUAGAUCUUCUCCCACAGCAGAGAUUGAUUGCUGGGAUUUCCAGCAGGGGUGAACCAGGUGAUAAAUAAGGGACGCUUUAUUCCUCCCACGGAGCUUUGGAGAUCUCAGCAUUGCCUAAGAUGGUCAGAGGGGGCUCUUCUCCACGUUCCAUGUUUUGGAGAAGUACCUCAUGUACGUGCAGCAGAAAAACAGGCUGCCUCUUGGUGGUGCCUUGACUGUUGAAUGCCCUCCCAAGGGAGGUAUGUCUGUUGCCAACGCUGCAUUCUUUUUGGCACCAGGUUAAAACUUUUUUUUAUUUGCCCAGAUAUCUUAUAUUACAAUAUUUUUAGCUGACUGGAUGGUUUUAGUCCUCUAAAUUUUAUUUUAUUGUUGGUUUGUGUUACAGUAGGAACCUAGGAAGCUGCCUUAUACUGGAGUCAGACCAUUGGUCCAUCUAGUUUACUAUCAUCUGUGCUGACUGGGAGUGGCUCUCCAGGGUUUUCAGGCAGGAGUCUCUCCCAGCCCUACCUGGAGAUGCCGGGGAUUGAAUCAGGGAUCUACUGCAUGUGAAGCAGACAUUCUACAAUUUGGCUUCCCCAACAUUUUUAUAAUUUUAAUUUUCUUUUUUUGCUGUCCUGAAAUCCAUUUUUGGAUGGCUAGCUUGCACAUUUAAAAAAAAUAAUCAAAGUAAGCAUUUGGGAAACAGUGGGCAAAAUGAAGCCCCCUGCUUCACAUUAAUGCUGGGAAAAACAGAAGGGAGUAAAAAAAAGAGGAAGGCCAAACAAGAGAUGGAUUGAUUCCGUAAAGGAAGCCACAGACCUGAACUUACAAGAUCUGAACAGGGUGGUUCAUGACAGAUGCUCUUGGAGGUCGCUGAUUCAUAGGGUCGCCAUAAGUCAUAGUUGACUUGGAGGCAUAUAACAACAACGCUUCACAUUAAAGAACAAGGAUCUUAUUUAUUUAUUUACUAUUUAUUACAUUUAUAUACCACCCCAUAGCCGAAGCUCUCUGGGCAGUUUACAGCAAUAAAUCUUCUCUCUUUCCUCCUAGGUGGCAUGAAAUGCACUGGCAAGGGUAGAAAGUACUUAAACUGAUUUGAAGCAAGUGGGCUGUGUGCACACCAUACAUGUAAAGCUCAUCCCUCCUCCAAGAAUCCUGGGAACUGUGAUUUACCCUUCACAGAGAUAUAAUUCCCAGCACCCGUAACAAACUACAGUUCCUAGGAUUCUUUUCGGGAAGUCGUGCUUUAAAUAUAUGGGGUGGCUAACUUUACCUUCUCCCUUCCCUUCCCCCAUUUUUGCAUAGUUAUUCCACUGGGGCUGUGUACACACUAUACAUUUAAAGCAUUUGAUUUCCAACAAAGAAUUCUGGGAACUGUAGUUUACUCCUUACAGCGCUACAAUUCCUAGCACCCUUAACGAACUACAGUUUGCUGGAUUCUUUUGGGGGAAAAUAACGUGCUUCAAAUGUAUGGAGUAUACGCAGCCGUGCUCUCAACGCAGUUGGAGAUUUAGUCCGCAUCUUCCAACAGGGCCAAGCCACCCAAAUCAGUCUUGGUAGCUGCUGCCUCUCUUCCCUCACUGGUUAAUUUGCAGCUGUUGGGCUCUUCAGAGAUGCUGCACUUCCCUAACUGCAGCUGAACUUAUGGUAGAAACACACUGUUCUGCCAAUUCCAGUGCGUCUCCACCUCUCCUGAAAAUAGGGGCACACAAUGCUAGUCAAACCUCUCCCCUUUUUACUGUAAAACCUGGUGGGAGCAGCUUGAGUGCAUUUUUAAAAAUUGCCUUGAGACAGAUUCCGCAACUGAUGAGCAGGUCAACCCGUUCCCCUCCAGGUGUGGCUAAUGGAAAUGCUUUGCUCUGGCGACUGGUGUGCUUACAGCCAAUGUGAAGUCUUCGGGGUCAGUUUGUAGUUGCUCUGUGAUCUUGUUUCAAAUGCCCCCCCCUUUUUCCGGAUAGCUCUGAAGGAAGGCCUACUGCUCUCAGUAUUAUUUGGUUCCCCUGGUUACAGAACCCAUUCCCAGAGUUCAUUGCAUCUGUCAGCAAAGUGCUGAUAGCAGAGUGCUUGCAAUCUGAAUUCCCCUCCCCCCAGCCUCAGAUUUAGUUUCUACACUGAAUUUCUUUCCUUUUUUUUGGCAAGCUGCUGGGGCUCUGAAAUAGAAGGUCCUGAGUUAAAUGCCUUUACACGCAAGAGAGUACUUCAUCCAACAAUCUUGUGGCUAGUAAAUAAAUGAGAGGUUAUCAUAUUCAUAUAUAUGAUAAUCUCUCAUAUGCCACUUUAAUGUGAAUCAUGCCACUGUACUCUGUUAAUCAGAAAUUAUCACUGCUUCCAUUUAUACAGUUACCAAUAUGAGUCAUUAGAAUUCUACUUCAUCCACAAACAUUCAGUGAAAGAGUAGGAAAAUUCAUGUUGAUCGCAAAAUCAAAACCUUUAGAAAUGGAAAUGACUUUGUCACAUUGAAAAUGCUUUUAUCUACAAAUGACAAUAGCUUGGUUUUCUGAAAAAGUGAUGGCAUAAUUCUUUCACAUGACAGCAGCCUCUUCCAAGGGAAGGCAAGCUGGCAGAUGGUAUAACUCUAUGCUUGAUAAUCUGCCCUGUGAAUUGCAAAUCAAUUCUUGCAGGGAAGCUAAACUGCAGCGGUGCAGGUAAUAAACUCUGCCACUGCAGCUUGGAAUGGAGUCUGCCUGUUAGAACACACUCCUCAUUUUUGCCUUUGCUGUGUAUAUUGCCUUUCAUGCAGGACUGUAUAUACUCUGAUCUUAAAAAUAAGAAAUAAAAAUACUGCCUUGACAA